UCUCUACUAAAUUAUGUUAUAAGCAUUCAACAUAGGACUAGAAAUUAUAGUUGCAAGAGCUAUGAAGUUCUUAGCUGAUUUUCUUUCUUGUUAUAGUGGUUCUGUUAGUAAUAAUAAUAGUCCCAAAAUUGAGGCAUGUUCUCUUGUUCAAGUAACAUGCAUAGAAGAAAAUACCAUCAGGCCUCGAAAAUUAGCUCGUAGAAAUUCAUCAUCAUCAUCAAAGAGAUUUUGGCAGCCAACUCUAUACACCAUCUCUGAAAAUGAUACCAUCAAAGUACAAGAAGGGAUCAAAGCCACCACCAAGAAGAUGAAAAACUAUAGACCCAAAACUACCUCUCAAGCUUGUGCUUAUUACAAUGAUCUGAGGUAUUUGCAACUAUUUGAUAUUAGAUUUGCCUUGUUGUAGGGUACAAGCUCAGUUUCAGACAAGUGUUAUGGCACUAUCAGCAGUACCCUUCGUGUUUUAAUCUCCUUUUCUAGUUACUCUAUUCAUGUCUUCCUGAGAAGUACGUGUGCUUAGUGUCAUCAUGAUACACAUCUCAAUGAAUGAAAUGUUUUUAAUUGUCCUUCA